CACGCUCUUCACUGUUGCCAUGCUGGCUCAUACGCUCUUGUGUGUUUUUCCGGUAAGAAAAUACAAGUGGAAAACCAGAGAUUUAAAAUCGAAUCGGUUCAAAAAGUAUUUGAGCACCGGAUAUAUUGUUUGUCGAUAUGUAUCAGAUCGAGAUCAGGUCGUCAGAACGUCUUUUUGUCUGGAAUAAGAAUCAAAGGAAAAGAGUAACACCGAGGGGUAUCAUGUGUUAUCAAAAAGAAAAGAAGAGGUGCGCUAUCAGGGCAGCUUAGAAGUCUCAACAGAGAGAAAAGAUAGAGAAGACGUGUUG